CAGCCAAAGUGAUCAAAGUGACGUUUCGAGAAGUCGAGAUCUUGAAAUCGACCUAACCUAUAAAAUAAUGAAUAAAUGAAAACAACACGUGUCUUAAAAAUAACACCACUGUAUAACACAAUACUGUAGCAUGAUUUUAACUGUUUUUUACUGUUUAAAAUCAUAAAUUGGAUCAAUAAGCUACUAUAUAACUUGAUUAUAUUGUAUCUAAAGGACUGUCAUGCAAAACUGUUAGCUCAGUAAAUUAAUUAACUGGUUACCCCAGUUAGCUCAAGUUAGCUCAGACGUGUGAACAAUCUUCAAAAACACCAAAAAAUGACUUCGGUAAAGAAAGUCUUGAAAAAGCUGCCUGGUAACAUUCUACCUGGCCAAGAUGAAGGACCAUCAGAGAAUGUUGAUAUUGAAAAGAUAGUAAAAAAGGUUAUCUCCAAUCCAGUUCUCAAUCAGGAGGUUGGAAAGGAACUCGAUAAGACUUUCUCACUAGCAAAACUGCAGAUGAAACGGAAAGAGACAGAAGAGCAAAAGCAGCAGAAAGAAAGAGACAGGAAAUGUGCUGGUCUAUCGAAUGGAUACAGAAGAAAAUGUAGAAUACACGUUUUACCCAAGAAAGGACUGAAAUUCAAAGAUUUUCAUACGGUUCAUUCUAUGUGGUGCAGCUAUAUUAAGGAGAUGCUUGGUCACAGUCUACAGAAUGUUGGAUCACCAGGCCAAUCCGCUAAACAAUUGGAAGAAAUUUCAACGAAUAUUUGCAAAGCGGAUCUGGUUGGUGCUUAUAUCACUGUGACUAGAUCGAGAGACGUGGGAUGUAUUGGCACAGAAGGCUAUGUGGCUGUGGAGACCAAAAAUGUGUUCCAAAUCUUGGGGAAGGAUAAUCGUGUUCGAACAAUUCCAAAGAGAACCACAGAAUUUGUUCUCAAACUUGAAGGCUACAGAUUCAAAUUCCUAGGCAAAUACUUUUGUCUAAGAUCAAGCGAAAGGAGUGCUAGGAAGCUGAGGAUACCUGUUUUCGAUGAUUUAUAGUAUUUCCAAUCCUAUCAUUAAACUUUUGUUUUUGAUUAAUCAUAGUUCUUAUUCUGAUCCAGUUUUUAUAUGAGAUGAAUGCUUGUUUUGUACGUAAGUCUUAAGUCUAUAUUGAAUAAAAUCUAUUCUAUUA